AUGAAAAGGCUUUGGAAUAUGCGACGUGCCCAGCCACCCCAGGGUCCUCCUAUGUGGGUCCCCGUACUGGGGGAGCUGCAGAAGACCCUCCAGAAGGGCGAGUACCUGCCCCUCCGCCCGCUGCCCAUGUUCGAGAGUAACUUUGUCCAGGUGACAAAUCAUGGGGGUCCCGUGUUCGUGCACCACAGUGCCAAUAGGCUGACCAUGGGUGUGGCUGCUUCCUUGCCCGGCUUGGUGCUGCCCGACAUUCUGCUGAUCGCCCAGCCUCCCCAGAGCAGGGACUGCUCAGGCCUCACCUUGACCAGGAUGAUCCCGCUAGACCUUGCCCACCUCUAUGUCCACGACCUGCCCACCUGGCGCAUCAAACUGCGUCUGAUCACUGGCCGCUACUACUACCUGGAGCUGGAUGCCCCAGACCAUGAGCUGGGCUUCCUUUUCGACUGUUGGAUCCGCCUCAUAAACCUGCUUCACGAACCAAAUAUGACUUGGGUGCCCAGGACCCUGAAAACACCCCCCCUGGAUCUGCCCCUGGAGGUGGCACCUGCUUCCACUUGGCAGCUGCAGGACCAGGCUUCCAGCAGACAUUCAGUUGAGGUUGCCAAGAACAUAUAUCCUUAUAAUUCCCGGACUGCUCAGAAGCAAAGGAAGGCUAAGGUCCUCAAGCAUAAACUCAAGUCUCAGGCUGUGGGUGACUCUCUGCCUCUCAUGUGCUCACAAAUGGGGCAUCCUGAUGUUAAGAAGAAACCCACAAAAAAGUUCCACCCAGAUGCCUGUCCUGAGAGAUCUAACACUCAAAUCCAUGUUUCUGAUAAGGACAGCAUCACCAUCCGGACCAUCUUCAGUAUCAUCUCCAAAACUGUCAAGGAGAAUCAGUCCUCCCCACAGGCCUGCACAUCCAAUUCUGAGGGAGCUACGGGCUGGGGAGGAUUGAUCCAGACUCCUUCACACUGUAUCUCAGGUGACAGCCCCAAUUUCAUCUUCCUAAACUCUUACAAACACAUGGACACCUUCAUGUGGCCACAAGGCUUUGAAGAUCUCAUGGAUCCCGAAUCCAGCGCCUUAUCUUCCUCCUUGCACCUGUCUCCCUACCCUCCUGCACUCUACUGCUCUCCACCCCAUUCCUCCUUCCCCAGGUCCAAGGCUAAGCCCAUGAGCUCAAUGAAGAACCGGAGGCCACUGCCUUCCAAGAAGGUCCCAAUUACAAUUAGGAGAGGACCAUUCAUCUUGGACCAGUCACAUAAGGUGCGGGAUGUACCUGCUUUACCUCGGAAGGCCCCAGCUGCACCUCCAUCAACCCAGAAGGCCAUACCUGACCUCUCCUGGAAGGCCUCACCUUUAUUACCAGGUCCCCAGAAAACCCCACACAUACCUGACCUCUCCUGGAAAACUCCAGUUCUACUUGCCCCACCCCAGAAGACCCUACCCCCAAUUCAGAAGUUCCCACAUACAUCUGCUAUUCCCCAGAAGGAAAUGCUACCCCCUACCCCAAAGAAGGAAUGUCUGGUCCCACAUACCCCAUCCCAGAAGUUCCUGGCAUCAUCUUCCCAGUACCAGCAAGUAAAUGACUUGCCCACCUCAGGGGCAAAGGCCCCCAUUGAUCCUUGCAUGCUGCUGGCAGAAAUUCCCAGAGGGGGUGUGCUUGGGAGAAACAAGACUGAAGGGAAACAGGAACCCGUGAUGUUGGUGGGUCUCCAUGAGACAAAAGUUAUAGACAUAAGGAACCAGACCAGGACCCUAGAGUCUCCCUCCACCACAACCCAGAAGGAGUCCAAAGAUAUACUAAUCAGCAAAAGCAUGGAGGUCACCCUGGACAAUUUGAGGAGCACGAGGAAACUGGAGGGGAGGUUCUACGAGAAGAAGGAGGAGGUGACCGUGGAUCAUCAUGAUAAGAAAUCUAAGGAGGUGGGGCAGCAAAAAAGAUGGGUCACCACCAAGAAGAUGGCCAUUGAGCUCCCCCUCCCAGAGGGCAGCAGACCCUUCUCUGUGGAGGGGCUCACCCUUGCCAAAUUGAUGAUCACGGCCAAUUCCCAAGAACAGCACCUGAAACCACCUGUGGUCUCAUUGCCUUCCUGGCUCUCCAUGGCUUCCCGGGCAUCCACCAUGUCAAGGAUGGCUAACAUGCCCUUUGCCUGCAGCCAGAUGAAACCAGUUGUGGUCAGAGAGCAGCCAGAGUUUCACAUGUGGGUGAAGAAUGAGAACACACAGCAAUGGACAAAGAGGGGGCCAUCCUGGGACCCAGUGGGGUCUUCCAAGGUGCCCCUCCACUCUAUGCCUACCUCUGACAGCCCGAAGAUGGCCAACACCCCACAAGUUCCCAUCCCCUUGCCUGCUGUCCCAUGGGAAGACUUGCCACAGCCGCAUAUCCCAGAACCCCCCGUCUCCAAGUCCAAGGCCUUAGCAAAGGUACCCCAAAAGCCCGUGAAAAAACGUCAAGUGACCAUGAGGGUACCCAACCGGGGUCCUGUGGCCAUGAUGGGGACAUCCUCAGAGAUCCUCCUGCCCAUAGUCUUAGAACUUGAGAAGUUAAAGAACAUGGCUACUAAAGUCAAGACGACACCAGAACCGGAUGUCAAUUAUCCUCCACCCAGAGAGCCCGGGGAGGUUCUCCUUGUAGGAAAUGCAGGCCUGGUUGCUUUUGGAGAACCGGUCAUACAGGACUUUAUGGACAAGUUUAAGAACCAUGGCAUUAUCCAGACGGGUCCCAGAAGCCCAGCGGCUCUCAUUGGCUGGGACUCCGGGCACGCAGCCAAUCCUGCGCUGGGUGGUACCCAGCCCCAGACUCAGCGGGCGCUGGGCGCGAGUUGGAGUUGGUCCAGCAGCGCGUGGGCAUCACUGCGGUGA